AUGCAUUCCACAUCUGUCAUCAUCCUUGCUUUGGCUCUUUUCGGCACAAGCGCGGCCCUGAACUGCACCUCGGCUUUGGGACCUUGCCUUAGCUCGGCUAGUUGCAUCAGCGUCAGCGCAACGCAAGGGACGAUCUGCACAGCGAAUGGAUGCUGCGCGGGCGCAAAUCUUAUUGACGGCUCGACCACGGCGUUCACUUGCUCGGGAGGAGCCAUUGGACCAUGCAAUGCUGGAGCGUGCCCAGCCUCAACCGAUACGGCUUGUGUCGGUACUCAGAUUGACGGAGUCGGACAGUGCUGCCCAGGAUCUGGUAUCGUUCCCGUCACAACCACCACUUCUACCACCAGAACCACGACAGCCACUUGCGUCGAUCUGCUCAAUCCUGUGACUGGCGUCUCUGACUGCCCGAAGCGUCGUGCUCUCUGUGGAGACUCUACCUACUACUCGGUGAUGGCCGUCCAGUGCAGGAGGACGUGCGGAUUCUGCGCCACUACUUCUAGCUACUCGUCGACAUGCGUUGAUCAGACGAACGCCUACACCGGAAUCUCAGACUGCUCCAGCCUCAGGUACCUCUGCAACAAUUCGCUCUACUCGACCUUGAUGGCCUCCCAGUGUUGCGCCACCUGCGCCAGCUACGGAAAA